CUGAUAGCGGCCGGCGCGCUGGGGGUGGUGAUGGUGCUGCUGCUGGUCAUCCUCAUCCCGGUGCUGGUCAGCUCGGCCGGCACCUCGGCGCACUACGAGAUGCUGGGCACCUGCCGCAUGGUCUGCGACCCCUACGGCGGCACCAAGGCGCCCAGCACGGCGGCCACGCCCGACCGCGGCCUCAUGCAGUCCCUGCCCACCUUCAUCCAGGGGCCCAAGGGGGAGGCCGGCCGGCCGGGCAAAGCGGGGCCCCGCGGCCCGCCGGGAGAACCGGGGCCGCCCGGCCCGGUGGGGCCGCCGGGUGAGAAGGGCGAGCCGGGGCGGCAAGGCCUGCCGGGGCCCCCCGGGGCGCCGGGGCUGAACGCGGCGGGGGCCAUCAGCGCCGCCACCUACAGCACCGUCCCCAAAAUCGCCUUCUACGCCGGCCUUAAGCGGCAGCACGAGGGCUACGAGGUGCUCAAGUUCGACGACGUGGUCACCAACCUGGGCAACCACUACGAUCCCACCACCGGCAAGUUCACCUGCUCCAUCCCCGGCAUCUACUUCUUCACCUACCAUGUGCUCAUGAGGGGCGGCGACGGCACCAGCAUGUGGGCCGACCUCUGCAAGAACAACCAGGUUCGAGCGAGUGCGAUUGCUCAGGAUGCUGAUCAGAACUACGACUAUGCCAGUAACAGUGUGGUUCUUCAUUUGGAGCCAGGAGAUGAAGUUUACAUCAAAUUAGAUGGAGGGAAAGCACAUGGAGGAAACAACAACAAAUACAGCACAUUUUCUGGAUUUAUUAUUUAUGCUGACUGA